AUGAGAUCCCAUUCCUGCCUGUCUGUCCUCUUCUUCCUCUUUGCGGUGAUGAUGCUGAGAGGAAAGGCUGGUGUCAUCCCAGGGGAAAAGCAGUGCAUUUUGUUGAAAGGGAAAUGCAAAGAAAUAGCAUGUACCUCCACCGAUGACACCAUUGGCGAAUGUAACGACGAUCUGAAAUGUUGUAGAAAAUGGUGGAUUUUUGAACCCUACCCAACACCGGUUCCCAAAGGAAAGUCUCCUUAG